AUGCCUCGCGACCCCUUAAUAGGACUUGUUGGCAAGCCCAGUGCUGGCAAAUCUAGCACUCUGAACUCACUUACGGACGCAACCUCCAAAGUCGGUCAAUUCACCACCAUCGACCCCCAACGCGCCAUAGGAUACCUACAGAUAGACUGUGCCUGCCAGCGGUACGGUGUCUCGGACCGGUGUAAACCGAACUACGGCGCCUGCGUCGACGGCAAGCGCAGCGUGCCCAUCGAGCUCCUCGACGUCGCUGGUCUCGUACCCGGUGCGCACGAGGGCAAGGGCCUGGGCAACAAGUUCCUGGACGACCUCCGCCACGCCGACGCCCUCAUACACGUUGUCGAUGUCUCGGGCACAACGGACGCGGAGGGAAAGAACACAAGGGGCUACGAUCCAAGCGUCGACAUCGCAUGGCUGCGCAGCGAGAUCGUCGCGUGGAUCAAGGGCAACCUGAUGCAGCGCUGGGGGAGCAUCCGCAGGAGACACAUGGCGGUGAAAGCGACCGCGGUGGAGACGCUCCAGUCGCAGUUCUCUGGCUACGGCAGCACGUCCAAGGUGGUGGCGCGGACGCUCGACAAGCUGAACCUGAAGGAGCCGCUCGAGGCCUGGAGCGACGACACGAUCGACCAGGUCGUGAACGCGUUCACGGACGAGAAGUUCCCCACCGUCAUUGCGCUCAACAAGAUCGACCACCCCGACGCCGACGCCAACAUCGCGCGGAUCGCCAAGAUGCAGGACCCAAAUACAAUCGUGCUCUGCAGUGCCGUCUCGGAGAUUUUCCUGCGGAAACUAGCGAAGCAGGGCUACAUCAAAUACACUGAAGGCAGCGAGUUCGUGGACACGAGAGAAGACCUGAUCGCUGACGGUGAUCCGGACGGGGGAGGGCUGAAAGAGCUUGACGACAAGAACAGGACGAGGAUAGAGAACCUAAAGGACAUGGUGCUGUACCGGUUCGGCUCGACCGGCGUGGUGCAAGUUCUGGCCAAGGCCGCAGAGCUGUUAGGUCUGGUCCCGGUGUUCCCGGUCCGGAACACGACAUCGUUCAGCUCGGGGGCAGCAGACUCGAAGCAUGUGUUCAGGGACUGCGUGCUUGUAAAGAAGGGCAGCACAGUCGCAGACGCGGCAAGGAAAGUUAUGGGGGAUGCGCCCAUAGCAUACAUUGAAGGUAUUGGUAAUCAAAGGGUCGCGGAGGACGACACCAUCUCCGUCGGCAAGAACGAUGUCUUGUCAUUCAAAGUUGGGCGGGCGUAG